GAAGAGCACAUCCUGGAGCUGGGGGAAAGUGAAAAACACACUAUCAUGGACCUGGUUUCAAGAUACUGUCAAUUUCGAAAUAUAUUGCAGUACACACAUCACGUACAAACUACGCACAGAUGACCUCCGUGCGCGUACUUGCUCUGCUGUGCGUGCGCAUAUUCGCAAUUUGCGUAUGGUCGCUCCUGCGGUCCUGCGUAUUAGCGCGUGGUAUGAGUAUUUACGGUAGAGUUUGUGAACGCAUGGAAGGCUAUCAAAACAUAUUACAUAUUUAAUCCAAAUAGUGCACAAUGUACACAUUGGGGUAUAUUUACUAAAAAUCUUAUUUUUCAGAAUGAGAUUAAAGUUCCAACACGAAUGACAUCGAAUGUGUAAAGUUGCAACUUUUUGAAUUUAUUACGAUUCAUUUACUAAGCUGUCGUAUUUUUCUUUUUCGUGUUUUCCGAUGUCGAUGUCAAUCGUGUUUUUCAAAGGUAGAAUGCAGCCGAUUUUGAGGAUUUGCGGCUGUGUUAUGAGGUUUUUUCACGACUGCGUCAUUUUUCGUUUACGGCAGUGUUUAUCCGUUCCCGGACGCGUUUUUUUUCUAAGUUUCGUUUUUGUCACUCGUCCGUGAUUGGUUUGAUUCGUGAUGGAGGAGUGUCUGUGCUCAUUACUAUAAACCGCCCCAAACCGUCCGCACCUCGUGGGUUUAGCUAGUGGAGAGGUGAGAGGAAGGUGUGUUAGGAGUUGGUGAGUAGUUUGGAGUUUUUGGCGGUUUUGAGGAGGUUAUUUGCGAUUUUUGAGUGCUGUACUGUGUGUGUAAGUAGUCUUGUCAUACUUGUUGUGUAGUUAUUUAAAAGUCUGUCUAGUUUUUUUACUUUGUUUUUUUUUUAAGGUCUAUUGCCAUUGUUUGUGAGUGAGUGAGUGAGUGAGUGUGUGUGUGUGUGUGUGUGUGUGUGUGUGUGUGUGUGUGUGUGUGUGUGUGUGUGUGUGUGUGUGUGUGUUUGGUGUGUAGUGGUAGUGGAGGAGUGUUUAGUGGGUUUUUUUUUAUCAGUGUUAUUUGUUGUUUGUCCUGAUGAUGUCCCAGUCAGAGGUGAGUGUGGUGGAGGAGGUGAGUGAGAGGGAGGAGGUGAGUGAGAGGGAGGAGGUGAGUGAGGUGGAGGUGGUUAGUGAGGAGGAGGGGGAGGUUGCUGCUGCGGCCUCCAGUAAUAGUGACAGUGAUGGUGCUGUGGCUCCGCAGCCACGCACCACUACAAAGAUGGGCCGCAAUGUUAAAUUCAGCUACGCUGAAAAUAUGGCUUUGGUGCGGGAGCUGAUGAGGCAUCAUCAGCAGCUGUUUGGCCAUGAUGCUGCAAAGGUGUCGUCACGCAGGAAGACUGUUCUGUGGGGGAAGGUUGUUGCGGCUGUGAAUAGUGAGGGUGUGGUGAGGCGGACCGAGGACACGUGUCGUAAGCGAUUCUACGACAUCAAGCGCUGUGUCAAGGCUAAGAUGUCGAAGGAGGCUAAAUCAGCCCGCCAAACAAGGGGUGGACACCCCUUCCGAGCGUCCUAUCGGGAUUGGGAGGAGCCUGUGUGUACUCUGAUUCCGCCAGAAGUGGUUGGUGCGAAUCAUGUCCGGGUUUCGGAUCGGCCAAGGCAGGAUGUACGAAAGAGAAGCAGCACAGCCAGGCCACAUCCCACACUGCCAAGAGAUGCAGAUGCUGGCGAUGCAGCAAACCCCCCUCCACUAAGGCGCCCAUCACAGGGCUCGGAUCCUCAACAUAGGAGGCCAACCAAGAGACGCCGUCUUGAGGCUGAAUCACCAGCAGCAUCCUCACCACCCCAACGGCGCAUCUCCAUAGUGUCGGCCCUGCCACCACAAGCCAUUUUGGCAAGCCCAGAAAGCGAGGAUCCUCAAUCCCCUCAGCUGUCUGAACCACCCAUCAUGGCCGAGGAUGCCCAGCAGGAAAGUGACCAGCAGGAUACCUACACACUACACCUGCAAGCCAUAGAUCCUACCCAGACAACCACGCCGCAGGACAUACCCCAACCACCCCAAACAUCCCACAGCCCCCAAUUGAGCCCAACACCACCCCAGCAACAAAUGGCCCCCGAGUUUUGGAGCAGUUGGGCCACACAACAGGCGCAACACUAUGCGUGCCUGAACACCCACACCCAAUACCUUACUCAGUCGGAACUCAGGCAGACUGAUAGUUCAGGUUGGCAGAAUUGCGAAUUCAAUGGAGCAGAUGAGGGCAGACAACACCCAAAUGCAAGCCAAUCUGCAACGCAUGGAUGAACAACAGCGGCAACAACAAACCCUAAUUCAACUUAUUCAACACAACCAAAUGAUUAACGAAAACCUGUCCAGAAUUAUAGCAAACAACACUGCCGCUAAUACACAAAUGACUGCAAGCCUAAAUAACCUCAGCCAAAGCCUUAAUGUGUUGGCAUCACACCAAGUAAGCUCUAGCUCGGGAACAACUACACCAAGCCAGACCCCAGUUAACUCCCCAGUUAGACGCUCAAGCCGAACCCGGCCCAACGAACCAGGGCAAGCCUCUGCACCCAGCACACACACAAAAAAAUUAAUAAUGACGCCUGCAGAAAAUAGUUUGUUCCAAAUAAUGUUUUUUGAUUUGUUACACCAAAAAUGCCUGUGUUAAAGGUAAUAAAUGUUUCACACGGAA